UCGGCGUGUACGGAUGUUGUACGUCAGUUUAAACCGGUUUAAAUAAUUAAUUAAUCAACUAUAACAAUUAUUUUGAGUCUAUUAGUGUGUAAUUGAAUAAGUGUUGUGUUUAGUGAUAUAAAUAUAGCUGAAUAAUCAACUAAAUAGCAGCCAAAUAAUCACUUAUAAAUGUCAGCUUAGUGACUGAGAGAUAGAAUUCUAAUGCCAGGUAUUUUAUUGAACAGGUGAAGGAAAUAGUGGAGAUUUUCUUUAGACUAAAACAGAGAUUAUUUAUUGGAGUUAAUAUGAGUGAAUUAUUGACAAGUGUAAACUCAUUAUUUUAUUCAUUGUAGUGCUGUGAAUAUUUUUGAAAAUAUUAUUAAUUUAAUUGAAAAGCUGAUUAAAAGUGCUGUGAGAAAAAACAAAGGUCCUAGUGAUUUAACAGCAACAUUUAUCAUAACUUGAAGCUCAGUAAUAUUUACAAAAACAGUGUAAAAAUGAAGAGACAUCAGUGUAUCAAUCUCCGACAUGAUUAAUUCAACGAAACUAUGAAAAUGGGCUUCUGUGGUGAUGAUAUCCACUAUGAGUUAAGGCCUUGUAAUUAAUUAAACUGGCAUGGAGAAGGAGAACUCCGCGUCAAGCGGAGGUGGAGGUGGCGAUACAACAGCAAAUGCAACAGGGACGGGGGCCACUUCCGCCUCUGACAAACUUCAGGCAGACCAAGCGAAUCCACUGCUCGAUCCCAGCGCCCUCUUUAGCGCAUAUUGGCCACGACCUGACAGCGAAACAUCACCACUGUUUGGUGGAAUGCCUGGCGGUUAUGGACUGGGUGCACAUCAUUUGCCUUCAGCAUAUGCAAUUCUGGGUCGUGGAGGAGCAGGACCAGGCUUUGGAGGCCACACAGCGGCGUCAGCACCACCACCACCACCACCCCCAUACUCUCAUGCAAGUCUGGGUACCCUGAGUGUUGCCGCCAGUCAAGCGGCAAGUUUAGGAAUUAAUCCAGCGAGUGCUGCUUGGUGGACUAUGGCCUCACAUUUAGCUGCUCAAGAUUAUUUAGCAAGAUUGCAAGGUGCUGCUGCUGGUUUGCCAGGCUUUCCACCAACUGCUGAAAGUCUUUUACCACCAUAUCCUGCCUCAUUACUUAAUCCACCGUCCUUGUCAUCACACAAAUCUAGUAAGUCUAAGUCAAGCAAGAGUCAUAAAACAACUUCUAGUAAUAGUAGCAGUAGUAGCACUAGUAAUACAAUGACAACGAGUCAUACACGUAACUUGCCGGUAAGCCAACCGACCAUCACAACUUCUCAUCAUAGCACUACAACGCCAUCAACGAGCUCUAGUGCGCCAACAACUCAAACAAACGUCGUUAGUAGUCCACCAGCGAAAGAAGCCAGCUCUGAUUUUAGUGACCCAAGCAGCAUUCUGGGUGGCGUUCGACUACCUCCAGACACGGAAAUAAUUAAGUACACCUCAAGUAUAGUAGGACCGAAAAUUCCAGGCACAACGAAUCGUGGACGCAAAAAGACGAUAUCCCUAGAUUCACCAAGUGUAAGUGUUCACCCACCGAAUGUCCAGGCACUUAGUACUCAUCAAACAAGCACCACAACAUCAUCAUCACUGGUCGUAGAAUCACGAAAAUACAAUCGAACAUCAGUGAGUGAAUCAAAUGAAUAUAGAGAUCCAGUUGAUCGUGUCGAAGUAAUCAAACUGCCAGCGCAUUCUACUAAUGGAUCAGUAGCCGCAACACCACCUUUGUACACUACGAGCAAUAUUAGUAAUUCAAAUGAUGCCGAUGCACCCCUAAAUCUAUCACUGAAACCAGCAUCGACAAGUAAUAGUUCACCAAUAUCUAGUAGUCAACCUCUAAGUCAGUUGAGUAAUCUCAGUCAAUCACUUCUGGCUUCUGAUCGUACGUCACGAAGGAAACCCGGUCCAAAGCCACGUCGAGUACCACAAAAUUCAGCAUUAACACCAGCAUCAUCAAGUCCAUCGUUAGCGCAAAUUUUCAAUGCAGCAGACUCACCACAACGACCUAGCAGUGGAAGUGAAGAGAGUGAGACAACACCUACGAUUCAUCAUAAGGAUGGAAGGCCAAGAAAUCUAGGUCGCGGUGUAUCUAAACCUAAGAAAAAUACAGUCGCAUCGUUAUUAGCACAGAGUCGAGCUCUGGGUAUCAAACCAACACCUACGUUGGAUCCAAACAUUCCACUCUCACAUCAAGUAUCACUUUUGAGAUCUAAUAUCCUUGCUGCGCAACUGCAUUCAGCGUCAAUGCUACCACAAACUGAUGAUAAAAAUCACCGUUCUUUGCAGGAAAAAAUGAAAAACAAAUUACUAGAGGCAUCAGGUGAGGAGAGCAAUAUGGAUGUGACGAGUGAAAGUGGAAGUAAUACAGAUGUAGUAACAGACACUGAUGAUGAUAAUGCUGAUGGUACCCCUAGUGCUAAAAGAAGAAAAUUAAACCCAAGUGACAAAGAUCUACAAGUGCCGCUGGACUGUGGUUGGAAAAGGGAGACUGUAAUCAAAGGUUUAGGGAAAACAGGGGUGAUUAAGGGUGAUGUAUUGUAUCACAGUCCUUGUGGUAAAACAUUCAGGAACAGUCCAGAUUUACAUAAGUUUCUUGAGCAACAAAAUCCACCACUCUUGACAUCAGCAAACUUUUCAUUUUCCUCACGACCUCUGGUUGGAGAGUUUCUCCAGCCAACGAUGGGGUUGGCUGAAGCAGAGUUCGUUCGAUUAGGGGCUCAAGAGGUGGCACGAAGGUUGGAAGAAUUGAGGGCAGCAGGUGGAUUUCGAGACAUACGACCUACAAACAAUCAGUAUGAGAGGGAUAAGUUAGCGUAUGCUAAAAAGCUUGCUAAAGAAGAAGCUCAACGUCACAGAGAACAGGCCAGGUUGAUCAAAGAACAAGAAAAGUCUGAGAGGCAAGAGGCAGUUCGUCGAGAACGUGAGAUUCGUAAUCAACAAUUGUUGGAGGGUCGGAAGAGGCUUGCGUUCACAAUCAAGCAGAAGAUGAAAAUAAUUCAAGAGAUAGAACGAGGCAAGAGCAAAAGUGAUGUCGCACGGGAAUUGGGUCUAGCAAGCAGCACAGUAGCAACUAUUUGGAAGAACCGUGUUAGCAUCGCUGAGAGUUGGAGAAAUCGUGACAUGUUGCAAUCAGAUGGUGAUUCGGAUCUUCAAAUAGGAAAAAAGACUAGUAUGAUAAUAAAUUCACAAUCGCCACUACCACCAAGUCUAGCACCACCAAGUGGACCAUUGGCGAUGUCAACGCCAUCAAUAACUACCUCAUCAUCACUAAUAGCUCUAUCAACGUGUUCAACAACACCAUCAUCAACAUGUAGUUCAGUACCUACAUCACCUGCUAUGAUCAUACCUCAACCUCAGGACACCGGCCAGCAGGCCCAAAUGCAAAAUCAGGAACUGCUGGAGGCAAGGAAAAAACGCCAGGAAGAGGUAGAAAAAAUACGUAUGGAAGAACAACAACGAAAGCAACAGGAGCGUGAAUUGAAGCGACAGCAAGCAGUAAUGCUCAAGGAACAGAUGUACAUGCAGGAGCUGAGCAAGCAGCGCGAGAUGCUCUACACCGUCGAGUUGGAACGAGAAAGAAGACGUCAACACAUGGCCUUAAUUCGAGCACUGGAGACACGAAGAAGAAUGGAAGAGCGUGAGAAAAAGCGACUGGAAGCAAGAGCUGAGCGGAUAGCAACGAAAGAAAAGCGUGCAGAGCAAAGAAAAAUGGAGAUGGAGUUGGUUGAACAGAUAAGGAAGCCAGUAGAAGAUAUGGAAUUGACUGACCAUCGACCAUUACCAGAAUUAAAACGAGUACCAGGUCUAAAACUAUCAGGAGAAGCUUUUGCUGAAAUAGUAAUGGUGUUUGAGUUUCUUCAUAACUUUGGAGAAACCCUAGGUUUUGAUAUGGAAUCACUGCCAAGUUUGAGAAGUCUCCAAAUGGCACUGCUAAAUGAUGAAGAAGCUGAAGAAGAGAUGCUUUCAGUGAUGACUCAUUUGCUAGUUUGUGCUAUCGAGGAUCCAGGAAUCCCUCAACCAGCACGUCACACCACAGGUCUUGGUCAAAGUUUACGCCAAGCUGACAUAACUCAUGCCAACAUCAGCGAAAUUCUAAGGAUCUAUUUAUAUGCAAAUGCAACAGGUGAAGUCAAAGCUCUGACUGGUGUUUGCCUAGAAAGAGAACGUGACAAAAAAUUUGCUGAUCAUCAUCAGAAUGGUGGUGAUUAUCCAUCAACACCAUCAGGAAAGAAUGCACAAUUUUAUGAACACCUUCACAAUAAUGAAACAUGGAAAAUGUCCGAACGACUUCGUGACAAGCCAUUCUUAGCGUUAAAUCCAACACAUAAAGCUCAAAUGCUUGGAUUUUUAUGCAACGAACUUUUACAAAACAAGGCUGUGAUAAAGCAGAUUGAAGGAAGCUUGGAAACAGUCGCACAAUUGAAGAAAGAACGAUUUGUUUUAGAUACGAAGAUUAGAAAACUACGACAAUUGCAUAGUAGGAAAGUGAGGAUGGAAGCAGUAGGUGUGGUUGUUAAUAAAACUGGUGAUGCGAUAACGAUUGAGAAGAAGGAAACAGAUGAAGAAGGUAAUAAUACGACAACAGCAUCAACAGUAGCAACACCAACACCAGAGGACAAUCAUCAUGAGGAUGAAGUGGAGGACAUGUCGGAGAAUGAGAGUGAAGGAACCCAACCAGAGGAGGAGGAAGAUAAAAAUUUAUCUGGCGAAGAAUUGGGGAAAAAAUUGGAUAAAUUGUUGAAACAAUCGGAAGAACAGUUACAGAAAUUAAAUAGCUCGUCUAAGCAACUUCGAGCACAUGUGUUUGGACAGGACAGGUAUUGGAGAAGGUAUUGGGAGCUUCCAUGUGCUGGUGGGAUAUUUGUUGAAGCGAUGGAGAGUGCAGAGCCGGAAAUUUUGUCUCUUCAAGCGGAAUUGGAUGAAAAAUGGAAAGACAGAGAGGUGAAGGCAGAUCCAAAAGACGAAGAAAAAAUGGAAAUUGAUGAAAGUAACAAAGAAAACGGUAAUGAUGUCGAUGGUAAAAAAGAAAAAGAGACAAAGACUGAAGAAAACAUGGAAGAGUCAUCAGAAAAGGUCGACGAAGUUAAAGAAGAGCCUAUUGAAGCUAAGCCUGACGAUGAGAAAAUUACAACAGAGGUGGAAUUGAAUUCGAAGGAUGAAGAACUUAAAAAAGAAGUGAAGGAAGUCAAGAAAGAGCCUGAAGAAAGCCAAGAAAUAAAAACAACUAAGCAGAUGGAAGAUAAAAUUGUUGAAACAAUGCCUAAUGGAGAUAAGUUUAAUCAUGUUAACAACUUGCCAAAUGGUAAAGACCAUGGAAACUUCAUUUCCAUGGGCAAUGGUGAGAUGCCAUGGUUUUCAAUUCUCCCGCGAGAAACUUGUGAUACACCAGGACCAAGUUCGAAACAAAUAUUCGGUGUCGCUGAACCAACAGAACUGAAAAUUCCCAUCUUCCCUCCACCAGCAAGUCCCAGUUACGACAGAUGUGAUUCUCCAGCUCCAUUAGUUCUCACCCAAGAUGAAGCAGCGCAGUUGGAGUACCUAAAAGUCCAUGGAUUACCUCAACCAGGGGAAGCCAAGCCAGUGACUGAGGACUUACGCUACGGUUGGUGGAGAAUCACAGAUGUAGAUACAUUUCAAGAACUCUUGGAACAUCUUCAUUCACGAGGAGUAAGAGAAAAAGAACUGAAACGAACUACUUGGGCAACUAUGGAAUCAUUCCUAGCUGUAACUGGGAAAAUUCAUGUAGAUCCAGGUAAUCUUACAGCAACAGACCUUCAUUUGGAAGGAGAAGAAGAAGUUCCAAUACCUAGACCUGAUGAUCCUAAUGAAUGGAGUGAGCAAGUGGCAUUGAGAGUUGAUGCUCAAUUAUUAGAACAAGUGGAGGCACUGGAGGAUAAAGUGGCUAACGCAAGCAUGCAAGUUAAAGGGUGGAAACUACCACCUAGAGCUGGUACAGAAGAAGCUGAAGAAAUUGAAAAACUUAAUGAAAUGGAAAAAAUCAGCGCUGUUGAGCAAGCUAGACAAAGAUUGUUGUCGCUUGAGGCUGCGAUUGAACGGCGAUAUUUGAAGCCACCUUUAGGAAUUUGCACUGGAGAUCCUAACUUGGCUGCUCUGAAAGCAGAACAAGCAGCAGCAGCUGCCAACGCAAAUUCCAAUUCAUCUGAUAAUUCCACACCACAUCAACCCCCGGAAGAAACUACCCCUAGAGGUUUAAAUAACUGGCGAGAAGCAACAGCACGUGCUCAUACGUCUGCACAGCUUGCUAUGGCUCUUUACAUGCUUGAAGCUAGCAUCGCUUGGGAUAAAAGUAUUAUGAAAGCUAACUGCCAGUUUUGUCACAGUGGCGAUAAUGAAGACCAGUUAUUACUCUGCGAUGGUUGUGACCGGGGAUAUCACACUUACUGUUUCCGUCCAAAAAUGGAAAAUAUUCCAGAUGGCGAUUGGUAUUGCCAUGAGUGUAUGAACAAAGCAACUGGUGAACGAAAUUGUUUAGUUUGCGGCAAAAGAACUGGAAAAAAUCUUGUACUUUGUGAACUCUGUCCUAGAGCUUAUCACACUGAUUGCCAUAAUCCCGCAAUGCCGAAGAUGCCAAGAGGGAAAUGGUAUUGCUCAAAUUGUCACAGUAAGCAACCAAAGAAGAGAAAUAGCAAUCGAAGGAGUCACACCAAAGGAGGAGGCAACAACACCCGAGACAGUGAAAGUUCAGAUCAUCCUCCCGCUAGUCCAACGCCUUCAACGGCAUCAAACACGCACGUAGAGGAUGUCAGUUCAUCGGAACCACCAACGCCAACUCCUUCACCACGUAAGGACACCGGUAACAACAGGAAUCUAACUAAGAAGCAACAACGUGAGCUUGCACCUUGCAAAUUAUUACUAGAACAAUUGGAGCAACAGGAUGAGGCUUGGCCAUUUUUACUGCCUGUCAACACCAAACAAUUUCCCACUUAUAAAAAAAUCAUCAAAACUCCAAUGGACUUAAGUACUAUUAAGAAAAAACUACAAGACACUAUAUACAAAUCGCGUGACGAAUUUUGCGCAGACGUUAGACAAAUGUUUAUUAAUUGUGAAGUCUUCAACGAGGAUGAUAGUCCAGUAGGAAAAGCAGGCCAUGGAAUGCGUACAUUCUUUGAGACAAGAUGGAUGGAGAUCACAGGUGCACCGCCACCAUCACAUCCACAAACGCACAGCUGAGGAACGGGGCGAUCGCGCAAUACUUGUAACAGUUUUGCGCAUUUUUAUUAUUAAUUAAUUAUCAUCCAUCAUCAUCAAGAAAAAAUAAAUCAACUAAAAUACAAUUCAAGCAAAAAACAAACCAACAAUAGGGAUAUGUUUGACUAGAAAAUAAAUAAACAAUACGUCUGAAAGAAUUCAUUUUUCCAAUGUAAAAAUUUUACAAAUUUCUGUUAAACAAAGCCACGUUUUAGUGGCUACAACAUGUAAAUGGACUGAGAGUGUAAUAAUCAUAUGACGAAAUUUGCUGGAAUGAAAAAUAAAAUGCCAAAUGAUCACUGAGUAGAUCAUAAAAACAAUCUGUAUUGUAUAAUAAUGAAAUAAUCAUUCAUUAAAACAUGAAAAAUGGUGUUUGUACUUAUAGAACAAAAUAUGAAUUAUUUGUAAGCCUUUGUUUAAAUAAAUAUAUUAAUUUAAAUUAAACUAUGAAACAAAAUAAUUGGUAAAUAUUUUACAUAAAUUUCG